CAGGCCGGACGACGGGGCGCUCUAGCCUGCCCUGCUCUCGCUACUCCGCUGCAGCGUAGAGCCGGCGUUCUAGCUCGUGGAGUUGGCUUCUUCUUCUCGCCUGUCCUAGCCCUCGACCACCCUCCGUCAUGGACCUCGCCGGCAUCUGCUCCAGCUUUCAGUCGGACUUGGAUUUCUGCCCAGAUUGUGGUUCGGUCCUGCCUCUGCCCGGGGCUCAGGAUGCGGUCGCCUGUACCCGCUGUGGCUUCUCCAUCAACGUGCGAGACUUUGAGGGAAAGAUUGUGAAGACCUCAGUUGUGUUUAACAAACUGGGGACAGCCAUGCCUUUGUCGAUGGAGGAAGGACCUGAGUUCCAGGGACCCGUGGUUGACAGGCGCUGCUCUCGAUGUGGGCACGAGGGAAUGGCGUACCACACCAGGCAGAUGCGAUCAGCGGAUGAAGGGCAGACCGUCUUCUACACCUGUACCAACUGCAAGUUCCAAGAGAAGGAAGAUUCUUGAUUUUUUUCCUGAGCGACUCAACAAUCCUCUUCUUACUUGGAAGCUGAAGGAUAUUGGGUUCUUAGGUCCUUUGUCCAUCUCCCAAUUGCAGUGUUCUGCUCUCAGAGGAAAAGCAGAUCGUCAUGUGUGGAUUAUCAUUGUCCCCAGAGUACUCCUACCCUAAUUGAGUGUCCUUAUUAAAGUUAUAUUUUUCUAUAAGAGCCAGACAUAUGUAUGUUAUUUAUAAUCUAUCUUGUUCCAAAAGAAAUUUAUAUUAGCUUAGAGAGAUAUAUUCAUUCUCUCAACAAAUGUAUCAGUGACAAAAAAGGAAUAUAAAUUAGUACAGCAGAAAGAAAAAGGGGGAAAAAAAUAAAAAACUAGGAUAAAAAAAUGGAGCCAGGAAUGAGGCUAAUAACAUAAAAAGGCAAUUAUAAGUAUUCCCUCGUUAGCUAAAUCUUAUUUGGUUCCUGAGUUUAGGGAAACAAAAAGUGGGAGUUUGGAUAGUGAGCUUCAACAGAAAGCUCUGAAUCAGAUUCAUUUGAUAUGUAAGUUUGAACAAUAAAAUCUAUACUCAAAGACA